AUGGCGCGCGCUGCUGGCGCGCGGGGCUGCUCCGGGCGCUGCGGGCGGCGCUGGCGGGGCAGGCGAGGCGCGCUGGCCGCCUGCGCCGCCUGGACCGCGGGCUGGGUGUUGGCCGCCGCGCUGCUGCUCCGCGCGCACCCGGGCGCCCUCUCCGAGCGCUGCACCGACGAGAAGAGCCGGAGCAUCCUGGCCGCACUGUGCCGGGACUACCAGGGCGGGGUGCUGGCGGGCGACCUCUGCGAGGACCUGUGUGUGGCGGGGAAGCUGCUGUACCGGCGCUGUCUCUACUACGACAGGGGCAAGAAGGUGCUGCAGGCGGACUGGCGCGGCCGCCCCGUCGUCCUCAAGUCCAAGGAGGAAGCCUUCUCCAGCUUCCGGCCGCCCGGCCUGCUCGGGGGCCCGACCGAGGACGGGGGCCCGGCCGUCCCGGAGGCAGAGCUGCUGCUGCUGGUGGCUGGGGAGGUGCGGAGCGCCCUGGGCCUGGAGCUGUCCGCGCGCAGCCUGGGGCCGCUGUGGCCGGGCCGCCGGGGCCUGCGGUGGCGGGGCCAGCUGGCCAGCCUGUGGUCCCUGGUACAGCAGGAGGAGUUCGUCCUGCUCAGCGUGCUGCGGGGGCUGAGCCCACACGCCCUGCCUGUGCUGGGCUCCUGCGGCCACUUCUACGCCGUGGAGUACCUGGCGGCGGGCAGCGCCCACCACGGGACCCUCUUCCCCCUGGACGGGGCCCCCCGGGGCCGGGCCCAGGCCGUCAGCGACGUGGCGCUCAGCUUCCUGGACCUGGUGAGGCAGUUCGACCACGGCUUCUCCCACCGCCUCCACCUCUGUGACGUCAAGCCCGAGAACUUCGCCAUCAGGCAGGACCUCACGGUGGUGGCUAUCGACGUGGACAUGGCCUUUUUUGAGCCUAAAAUGAGGGAGAUUCUCGAGCAGAAUUGCACGGGAGACGAAGACUGCAAUUUCUUUGACUGUUUUUCAAGGUGUGAUUUGCGAGUCAACAGGUGUGGCGCACAGAGAGUCAACAGCAACCUGCAGGUGGUCUGUGACAAGAUAUUCCGACACUGGUUCCCCGCGACUCUCAGGAGCUCCGCCGUCUCCUCCCGGCUCCAGCGGCAGCUGCGAGAGGCGGUGCAGGACUGCGCCGACCCCGGCGGCCCCCGGAGCGCCGCGCCCGCCCUGCUCCGGAGGCUCCGGCACCUCCUCCAGGCUGCGCUGAGGGAGCUGCAGGCGGCGGAGGCGUAG